GGAGUUAAUACUUCCGGCGGGAAAAACAGGCACCUCGAGGUGAACUGGACAGCUGUAUUAAAAAGGGAGUUUUACGUAGCAUAGUUGGGUUUUAAGGUUAAAAUACUACAUUUGGCGACGAGAUAAAAUGGCAAAUCAUGGAAAACUAGAAGAAUAUGACUCACAAGAGGAAUGGAGUCAGUAUAUUGAGCGGUUAGAAUUUUAUUUCGAAGCAAAUGGCGUCGACGACGAAGAUAAACAACGAGCGAUAUUAUUGAGUGUUUGUGGUAGCAAGACGUAUAAGUUGAUUCGGAACUUAACUACGCCAGGAAAACCGUCAGAGAAGACGUUUGCAGAGUUAGUAGAACUUGUACAACAACAUCAACACCCAAAACCUUCGGCAAUAGUGCAACGAUUCAAGUUUAAUACUCGAUUCAGGAAACCUGGUGAGUCAAUUGCUUCGUAUGUAGCUGAAUUAAUUAGAAGUCUUUCAGAACAUUGUGAUUUCAAGAGUACCUUAGAAGAGAUGUUACGUGAUCGGUUGGUGUGUGGAAUAAAUGACGAACAGAUUCAGCGUAGAUUGUUAGCAGAAAGUUCUCUCGACUUUAAGAAAGCCAUGAAAAUAGCUACAUCAAUGGAGACUGCAGUAAAGAAUGCACGAGAUUUAACACAUCAGAUGGCCAAUGCAAAUAUAAAUACUGAGAAACCUGCAACAUUACACCGUGUGGACAACCAAAGACAAGGAAACCAACAAUGGUCAAAGCCUGAAUAUGGUCGGUGUGGGGGUAAACAUGACCCUCAACAAUGCAAAUUUCGCGAUGCUGAGUGUUUCCUGUGCCACAAGAAAGGACACAUAGCAAGAAAAUGUCGAAGCAACACUAAGGCGACUGGAAAAAAUCAACGAAACGAGAACCCUAACUCAGGCACUAGCAGCAAUUAUUUAAACAUGAAGGAUGACGAGAUCGAAGAGGAAGAUGACAACUAUGGGAUUUAUAGUCUGGGCAAAGAGCAAGCUGAGCCAUAUGUUGUUGAUGUACUGGUGAGCAAUGAAAGUCUAAAGAUGGAAGUAGAUACUGGUGCUGCAGUUAGUGUAAUGAAUGAGGAUACAUAUACAUUAUUGAAGAAAAAACACCCAAACCUAGAGCUGAAGGAAUCAAAGGUAAGACUAAAUACCUAUACGGGAGAGCAAGUUAAAGUGUUGGGUCAGGUGGAGACAUCGGUGAAGUAUGAAGAUCAAGAAGGCAUAUGGCCUUUACUAGUCAUAACAGGGAAGGGCCCCAACUUGAUUGGCAGAAAUUGGCUCCAAAAGAUUAAAAUAAAUUGGAAGAAUUUAUUUCAGUUAAAAGAGGACAAGAAUACCUCAGUCAAAGUUAAUAAGUUACUUGAGAAGUAUGAGGAAGUGUUUCAUGAAGAGUUAGGAACAUUUUCUGGUCCCAAAGCCAAAAUAUAUGUGGCUGAUGAUGCAAGUCCAAAGUAUUACAAGGCAAGACCUGUUCCCUAUGCAUUGAGGGAAAAAGUAGAAAAGGAGUUAGAAAGAUUGCAAGAAGAGGGAACUAUAGAGCCUGUCCAGUUUGCAGAUUGGGCAGCGCCAAUAGUACCAAUCGUUAAGGAUGAUAAGUCGAUAAGAAUUUGCGGGGAUUAUAAAGUAACUGUCAACCAAGCUGCAAAGUUAGACAAUUACCCGAUUCCCAAGGCAGAAGAUCUUUUUGCCACUUUAAGUGGUGGAGAGAAAUUCACCAAGCUGGACAUGAGUCAAGCCUAUCAACAAAUCUUAUUGGAGGAUGAAUCAAAAAAAUAUACUACAAUCAACACACACAAAGGACUUUUUCAGUACAAUCGAUUGCCAUAUGGAGUGUCCUCGUCCCCUGGGAUUUUCCAGCGUACUAUGGAAAACCUACUGCAGGGGAUUCCUUUCGUGGUUGUGCGAGUGGAUGACAUUUUGGUCUCUGGUUCGAAUGAUGAGGAACAUUUAGCAAAUUUAGAAGAGGUUCUAAAACGGUUGUCAGAGCAUGGGUUACGCCUAAAGAAGAAGAAGUGUGCCUUCAUGGUGAACGAGGUGGUGUAUUUAGGCCAGAAGAUAAAUAGCCAAGGAAUACAACCAAUCCAAGAGAAAGUCAGAGCCAUCACCGAUGCACCGGCACCGACAAAUGUGUCUGAAGUUCGAUCAUACUUGGGAAUGAUCAACUAUUACCAAAAGUAUUUACCAAAUUUAUCAACGAUUCUGGCACCACUGCACAGCCUGUUGGAAAAAGCUGGAAAUGGAGUGAAGUGCACCAAGAGGCAUUUAGAAAAUCCAAAGAGUUAUUGAAGUCCUCACAUCUAUUGGUGCAUUAUGACCCGGGGAAGGAGUUAAUACUGGCUUGUGAUGCCUCACCAUAUGGCUUGGGGGCUGUUUUGUCACACCGGAUGGAAGACAACACAGAACAACCAAUUGCAUUUGCCUCGAGAUCAUUGUCCGCAGCUGAAAAAACUAUUCUCAACUAGACAAAGAGGCACUAGCCAUCGUAUUUGGUGUCAAGAAAUUUCACCAGUACGUGUAUGGUCGACAUUUCACCAUACUGACAGACCACAAGCCGCUUGAGCGGGUAGUUCAUCCGGAUAAAAUGACACCACCAAUGGCUGCAGCUCGAAUUCAGCGGUGGGCAUUAAUUUUGUCUGCGUAUGACUACGCCAUUCAGUACAAAGAAGGAAGUCAGAAUGCAAAUGCUGAUGCCCUCAGUAGAUUACCAUUGCCAGACACCCCAGGUUCAACACCAGUUCCUGAAGAAACAAUCUUACUCAUGGAACUAUUGGAGACUACUCCAAUAAGAGCAGAGCAAGUGAAGAACUGGCAAAGAGAACUCCUAUACUUGCUAGAGUUUUGAAAUUUAUUAAACAAGGUUGGCCUAGCAAGUGUCCAGAUGGGGAGUUUCAACCAUAUUUUCAACGACGAGACGAGCUGAGUGUUCAAGACGACUGUAUACUUUGGGGAAACAGAGUGGUUGUUCCACCCCAAGGAAGAAGGCAAGUGGUUGACGAAUUACAUGAAACCCACCCAGGAAUAUGUAAGAUGAAACGUCUAGCAAGAAGCUACGUGUGGUGGUCAAACAUGGAUAACGAUUUGGAAAACAAAGUACGAACGUGCAACAACUGCCAGAUAAAUAGAAAGAAUCCUCCUGAAGCGCCACUGCACUCGUGGGAAUGGCCAAGUCGACCAUGGGAAAGAAUUCAUAUUGACUAUGCUGGUGCAUUCUUGGGGAAAAUGUUCCUCGUCAUGGUCGAUGCGUACUCAAAAUGUCUCGAAGUGCAUCCAACGAAUGUGGCAACAUCGAGAGCAAUUGAAAAACUUCUAUCAACAUUUGCAAUCCACGGCCCUCCUACAACAAUCGUUAGUGAUAACCGUAGUAAUUUUUGCAGUGAAGAAUUCGAAGAAUUUCUGGCGAAAAACGGCAUUCAUCACAGAAGGACUGCUCCUUAUCAUCCAGCCUCCAAUGGACUUGCAGAAAGGGCGGUCCAGACGUUCAAGGAAGGGAUGAAGAAGAUGUCAAAUAAGGAAAGUUUGGAAACCAGAGUGUCUCGGUUUCUCUUCAAAUACCGUAUCACGCCACACUCAACCACAGGGAUAGCGCCAGCGGAAAUGCUUGUGAGCAGAAAACCAAGAUCUCGCUUGGACGUACUACAUCCUCAUGUAAGACAAAGAGUACAGAACCAACAGAAGAAGCAGAACGAGUUACACGAUCAACAUGCAGUGGAUCGACAAUUACGACCAGGUGACUUAGUAUAUUCGAGAGAAUUUGGAAAACAACAAAAGUGGUGUCCAGGAGUUAUCAAUACACAAACCGGGCCAGUUUCUUAUACCAUCCAGUUGGAAGACGACCUGGCAGUUCAUCGUCAUCAAGAUCAGGUGAUUCAAAGAGAAAUACCCGAAGAAAACGAAAAUGACGCCAUGAAUCCAGAUCUCAACGAGCAACCCGUUCCAGACCAACAAGUGGUUAGCGAAGAAAAUGCAGUCCCAGCAACCCGAUAUCCGCAAAGAAUAUUUACAUUAAUUUUAGAGUAUAAAACACUAAUGGAUUAUAAACUGUUAGGUUAGAGUGUUGACAUUAUUAGUUUAGUUGUUAUGUUGCAGGGACUUUG